UCAGUUUAAAGGAUUUUUUAACUUUAAGAGUUCCAAAAUAAGACGCUCUAUUUUAUUCAAUAGACCUUUGUUAUCAUACACAAGCCUGAAAAGGUGGAAUUACUCGCUAUUAUAGGAGAAUGUUCUUCCAUAUGGACAUUUCGUGAGAGGGCGUUUACGAAUUAAGAUAUGAAUACCUAAUUUCAAUAGAAGUGCGCUGUGUAUGGCGUGAUAUUUAAAUUGAACUUCGACGAAAUACUUAUAGGCAGUGAAAAGAAUGUUUGUUUUGUAUGUAGUGCAGUUUUAAUAGCUGUAUUUUGGAGUUUAAAAUCAAUACCUGCGGUCAAUAUUGAGAAUCGAAUGAAGUGGGCGGAAUUAAUAGAGUUUGGAUUUAGGAGACCGUAGACAUCUACAAUUGUAUAAAGAUAUAUUGCAACUACAGACAAGAGCACGAAAGUAAAGACAAAUUAUUAUGAGAGUAACUUCACUGUCGGAGGUCAGAAAAAUGUCAAAGGUCAAUAACUCCGGUGUUGAGAGGGGUACAAACAGCCUGAAUGUUGAAGUACCGGUACAAAGAGUUUCUUCGUUUAAGACAGUCAAACGUCCAGUAAUUAAGAAGAGAAAUGAAGAUAAAGGUUUCACACUAUUUUCCGGACCCAGAAAACCAAAACAUAAUGGAUUGACUUUAGAACUUUUGCAAUCAUUGACGCCAUUUAAGAAUGGCGUCGAUUUAGUGACGCAAGAAUCACGUGAUCUGUUACUGAACUGCAUAAAACUACACCCUAGUGUUCACGAAGUAUUUUUUCCGGAGGUAACGAAAGAUCCCCGAAUAACCCAAGAAGGUUUACGAGGAUUUCCGAUUCAUAGAAUGGCGGUUGCAAUUAUAUGCGAGACUAUUUCAAAAGGAGAGGACCCCUUUAAGUUUUACUGUAUGAUCGAGAAAAAUAAUUUGGAAAAUGUGCUGACUGAACUAUACACUAGCGUACAUUGGAAGAAAUUGGGGUUCUCCAUGUACUGCGCUCUGUACCCAUUGGUAGUGAGAGACGAACGGACGAACAUCAGUUUACAAGACUUCAUUGACGAUGAUGGGCCGGAGUGGGCGGAGCGUAUCAUUGAGCGCAUGACGGAGCCUUCUUGGACGAUGGGAUGGGUGCAGAAAAUAGUCCGCGGUCACGUGACGGAGGAGGAAUACAACAUGGCGAUGAACACGCUGUUUGUGAAGUUACACAUGCUGGACCCGCAGUCCGUCAUCCCGACCUUUCAUCUGCUGAAUCACAUUCGAGCUCUUCCGGAAUGCAACCUAGAGCUUGCCACCCGGGAUUACCUCGGAGGCCCACUGGACGCUACGACACUCAGUGCGCAUGCGCAAACAGCCGUAACCAAGGAGGUCAUGCCUAGCAACGGAGCGUCGCGAAUGAGCCUCGACAAAAUCGACGUCUUUUACGGCGUUGACGUCGAGGAGUUUUAUAAUGACGGAGGCGCGGAACGUCGGCGUAUGGAACGGGCGACGGGCCGGACAACAAAAGAACGAGCGACCUCAAGGAUAGAUGCAGCGUCAUGUGAUCUCGCGUUUGAACUUGGCGGUUCAAAUUUAAAUAGUGCGCUAUCGAUGUUUAAGAUAUGCUAUUGCAGCAAUUGUGUGUGUAAUAAAGAACGGAUUAAUUUCAUACAACGAUACCAAGCGAUAUUUACACAUGUGCGUCUGUACACUGUUUAACUAUGGUAAAUCGAAGGAGCCUCGUUCUGGGAAAACGGGGCUUAAUUGAAAUGCGUUAAAUGUCAUCCGAAAGGAAAACACUUUUCACUUUUAUGGUAUUUUUCGUUUAAAGGAAGUUUUUUCUUAGCGGAAAUCCAGUUUAAGCGGACGACACAGGCUUAUUUUGGGCGACAUUUUACGCUCAUGCAGUUAGCCCUGUUUUCCCAGAACGCGGCUCUUAUUAUUCAAGUUAUAGCACAAUACUCAUUUUUGUGCCUGUGUUGUUGUUAUUAAUGAUUGCUAAAUAUGUGAAUGUAUGAAUAUGUUAUUCAUAUGUUGUAUAUGUAAAUAUGUGUAUAAUAUUUUACAUAAAAAUAUACAUGUUAAUAUGUUUGGAUAUGUAUUAUGUAAUACACAAGUUGUUGUGAUGAGUUUAUAUUUUUUUAUUUACGUUUAAAAUUAAAAUAUCACAUAUUUACACAAACUAAACAAAACUGAAUUGAUCAAAAAGCUAGUUCUUGUUUUAUUCCAAAUCGUACGAAUCGGCGUCUAAGUUACUUUUCAGGAACACCAGAAGUCUAUCUUAAGUUGUGUUAACUAUUUCAAAAUGUUAAAGCUGCAGCUAAAUGUGUUUCUCCCUU